UUUUACCAGAGCUGCAGACGAGCGACAAGGGCAAUGGAGGACUGCUGCACCGUAGCUGUCAGCUUUGAGCUGUGCAGCUGGUUCCCCACACUCCUGCAGCUCUCCACCGAGGGUAAGGUUUUCAGGAGCUCCUUCCCAAAGGACACUGGGGCUGUCCACGGUCAAAAGCUGUGGCUGCUGGGUUGUGGGAGUGGCUGGAGAGGGCUGGGGGCUGCUGCGAGAGCCCUGCCUGAAGGUCCCACCGGGCUCAGGGGACCGUGCGGCAACCAGGACCCAUGGGUGGCAUGUCCCCCUUGUGAAGGGGGCCAUCCAGGGCCAGCUUCCCCUGGGAGCUGGUACUUCUUGGGGUUCUGGCUCUGGGAUGAAAAGGGGUCCUGCAUCCCAGCUGCGUUAGAUGGCCACAGCCCAGGUGCUGAGCCCUUCUCACAUGCCCGUUUCUGCUUCAGCGCUGCCCCAGGAGCAGCGUAAGGCUGGCAGUCGCCAACUGGGGCGCAGCCCAGCUCCGCAGCCAUGGCAGCGUUUGUCUGGGCUGGUUUUGGACACCUGCAUCUGGCACCCCCUGGGCAAGGAGCUUGCCAAGAGGCUGUGAGAUGGACGGCCUGGAGCCUGACAUCUCUUUCCUUCCCUUGCUUUGCAGAGGUUGUGGCUAUCUGGGAUGCCGUGUCUGCAUACAUCCUGGGACAGCUGAAACUGGACAAGGGUGUUGUGGUCACAGGACUCGGGACCUUCGCUGUGGUCCAAGAGCGAUUCGUUGGCGAAGAAGAGGUGUAUGUGGUUCGAAGACCAGUCUUCCAGCUGGACAUGGACGCGAUAUGUCUGCAGGAGCUGGCAUUCCCCACAGUGCUUAUCCCGGGCAACAUUGAGAUCAAGACGCUGAACUACGAGUGGCUAUCGCAAGCCACCUCCUUCCCGCAGCACAUGGUGGAGGACUGUGUGCAAGAGACCAUCUUCUUGUACUCUUUCCAGCUGAGGAACAGGCAGCGCCUGGCCUUUGCCUUCAAGGACAUUGGCGUGCUGUCCUGCAGAGACAACGUCCUGUGCAUGCGGUUUUAUUACGACUGCGUCACGGGGCUGGAGAGCGAGGCCAGCCAGAUCGCACUGCUUCACACUAGGCUGUGGAUGCCGGGUGCGGCGCUCUCCAGGGGAGCAACCACUGCUCAGGGGAUGGAGGCUGCUCCUGCCCACGCGUUCCCCAGGUUUCGGUUCAUUGUUAUAGGCGGAGCAGUGGCCAAGGAUUUCGCCAGCCGGCACAAGAAGGCUGGAGAAAAGCACAGGCCCAGAAGAAGUACUGGAACGGGUCCGUGCUGUCCAGGGCUGACCACAGCCCAGUUGAAAUGCCCUCCCCGUGGGGCUGCUCCAAAGAGCUUCCUCCCACCUGCAGAGGCGUGUCCUGGCAAGCUGCUGCAGAGACGGGCGAAGCUUCCCCUGCCUGUGCUGCCAACACAGGGGCCAAGCACCAGGCAGCAAGACACAGGCAAGAAGCCUUCUGCCAGUGUGCUCCCCCCAUGCCCAGGCAGCUCCGCCAGGACAAAGGAGACGGUCAGGCAGGGGCCAGUUUCUCCAGCCAGGCCCACCGCUGCGCCCCCGUCAUCCGAAGGCUGCAGGAGAGCGCUGCAGGAGGUCUGGCAGGUGUCUGCGGAGCGGGAGAAAGUGCCGUACUGGUGGAAGGAGCGUCGAGACCAAGCAAAGGCAGAAUUGGAGGCGUGGGAAGCCUGGUCUGCAGGGGAGGACCAACAGCCACCCCAGGCACUCGGCGCUUGGACUCCUCACCCUCCAGCCCAGCCCAGGAGAAAGGAGGUCAACAAGAGGUGGAGACAGGCUGAAAACCCUCUCCCAGAGCAGCGGACGGCAGCAGCAGCUCAGCUGCGAUGGCACCAGACUGCCCAACUUUCCCCACGAGCGGUUCAGGUCCUCAGAAGGCUGGAGACGUAUCACCAACAGAGGAACAUAUUCAAGCAUGUUGCUGAGAACAACAGGCGACAUCAAGAGCAGCAGAGGCAGCUCCCCUGAUGCUGGUACAGCAGCAGACGGGAAAGUGUCAGCAGGCUCUCACCGUGGCUGUUAGCAAAGGGGCUGCCGGAGUCUUCCCACUCCCGAGUUCCAUUUGUUUUCCUGGCCUGACCUGAGUGAGAAUCGUCCCCCCAAGGCAUCAGUCUCCAAGGACUCCACACCACGGGGGCCUCUCUCUGCUUGCCUCCGGACUCCUUUGUGCUCCUCAGCUGCAUUUAUUGCUGUGCAGCUCUUCUGAAAUAAACGGUUGCCCCUGGAGCUGCCGGUCGGGAGUGUGUCGUCUCUCCAAACCCGAGCCCUGGCGGGGCUGCCUCCGGCCCUUGCAGGAGGGCGGGGGCAAUGGGCUCGGGGCCGGGGCUGUGGGUUCCAUUAUUGCGGGGGCUGGAGGGUGCUGGGCUGGUGCCACAGCAGCUGCUGCCUCUGCUGGCUGGACGUGGAGGCCGGGCUGGAGGCGGGUGGGCUGGCGUUUGUCCGGGCUGGCGAGGGCCACGCCCCUGGGGCUCUGUGGCAGGCAGGACAGGUUUCCAGCACAGGCGAUGGCUGCUGGUGUCGCGCCCAGCUCUUGGGGUGCCGGGGUGGGCGGGCCGGCUGUCCAGCUGUGAGGGACGGCUGCUGGUGCUGGGC